AUGAAGUUUGCGACCGCCCUCGCCCUCGGCACCCUGGCGCUCACCGCGUCGGCGGCCCCGACUACCAGCAACUCGAACUCGAACUCGAACUCAAACUCCAAGUCGGCCAGCCAGACAAAGUACAUUGCUCCGGCGUUUAGCCACGCAGCCCGUGGCCAGCGUCCCUCGGUCUCGGCUCACCCCCACAAGCCGUUCAAGGCGUUCCCUACCUUCCCCCAGAGGACCAAGACGUGUACCGUCAAGUCGCUUGGUAGCGGAAAGGAUGACUCGAGCAACAUUCUGAGCGCGUUCCACUCGUGCAACAACGGCGGUCACGUCAUCUUCAGCCCCAACACGACCUACACUAUUGGCACGGCCAUGGACUGGACGUUCCUCAACUCGAUCGACAUUGAUAUCCAGGGUACGAUCAAGUUUACCGACAACACCACCUACUGGCAGGCCAACUCGUUCAAGUAUGGCUUCCAGAACGCCACCUCCUUCUUCAAGCUCGGCGGCAACGACGUCUUCAUCUACGGCGGCGGUGAGCUCGACGGCAGUGGCCAGGCGUGGUACGACCUGUAUGCUCAGGACAUCUACAUUCUCCGCCCCGUCCUCAUCGGCAUUGACGGCCUCAAGAACUCGAUCAUCUCCGACCUCGUCCUCCGCUACUCGCCCAUGUACUACCACUUUGUCGCCAACGCCUCCAACGUCGUGUUCAACAACCUGGACAUUUCGGGCUUUUCGGCUUCCGCCAACGUUGCCAAGAACACGGACGGCUGGGACACGUACCGCUCCGAGUACGUCACGAUCCAGUCGUCGGUCAUCAACAACGGCGACGACUGCGUCUCGUUCAAGCCCAACUCGACCAACAUGGUCGUCCAGGACCUGUGGUGCAACGGCUCGCACGGCAUCUCGGUCGGCUCGCUCGGCCAGUACGUCGGCGAGUACGACAUUGUCGAGAACAUUCUCGUCACCGACAUUUCCAUGCACAACGCCUCGGACGGCGCACGUAUCAAGGUCUGGCCCAACUCGCCCUCGGCUCUCAGCGGCGACCUCCAGGGCGGUGGUGGCGACGGUCGCGUCAACAACGUCACCUACUCCAACUUCCUCCUGGACAAUGUUGACUACGCUAUUGAGGUCACCCAGUGCUACGGACAGUCCAACUUGACUCUGUGCGCAGAGUACCCCUCGCCCCUGACCAUCUCCAACGUCAACUUUUACAACUUUACCGGCACCACGAGUACCAAGUACGACCCCCUCAUCGCCACGCUCGAGUGCUCGUCCGCCACCGUCUGCUCCAACAUCACCGCCACCGACAUCAACGUCCUCUCGCCCAAGGGCUACCACAACGCCACCUGCCUGUACAUGGACGACUCGAAGCUCAACGUCACGUGUACCGACGUCAAGCUGACUCUCUAA